GGGACAGUGGAAGCCCGAGGGUGGGUCUACUUGUUGCAAGAUGGGGAGAAAGCUAUGAUCAUAGAGUUGGCACUCGAGAAUACACCGGGCGAGUUGUUUAGGAAGGCAGAAGCAGAGGUUGUGUGGGCUGCAUGUCAACGGAGGGAAAUGGAAAUGGAAAAGAUAGACGUACGGGUGAAACUUGGGGAUAGAGAAAGCAUGAAGCGACCCGUAAGAACCAUGCGAUGCGUGUUGCCCUCCUCCCUAGUGGAUGCGGUUUUCGGAACUCGGAGCAGGCUAGUGCGAAUAUGCCAGUCUAUGACGAACCUCGGGCUAUACCAAUGCGCUAGGCAAGAUUUUUUCCGGUUAUCAGUAGAGAUGGGGCCGUUCGAGGGGAACUGGGCGGAGGAGCUGGCCGAGAUACUAAACUACCUUAGCAUAGACAAUAUCUUUGUCCCUAGCGUUGUGCAUUGGGGGAUAGCCUACAGGAAUGUGGCAAUAGGGGAGACGUUUCUAGAUGGGGUAUGGGAGUUGGUAUACGACGAGGAGGACGACUUCAGUGAUGAAGACGAAGAUGAAGAGAUAGAGGACUGGGACUUCUGAGAGGGGUGGGGUAACUUAACUUAGGAAGGACGGUGGUCUGGUAUUGUGCAGUAAAGG